AUGAUGUUAUCUCAUAUUGGUGAAGAAAGGUGUAGCUCCUCAUCAUUACUCGACUUGGUACUAUAUGCAGAAAGUGGAGAAUGUAGUGGAAGUAAAAGUGUGAACAAUAAUUAUGGUACGGUGUUGUCUCAUAUGAAACGGAAAUAUUGUAAAAGUGGAAAUUGCUCUGAUGACUCACCUCAGAAAUUACUUCAAACAUUACAAGAGAAAUUUACAUCAUUGAAGCGAUUCCGUAAUGUUCUCAUCUUACGCGGUAUGUUUUUUCCUUUUCAUCAUCUAAGCACUUUUUUUGCUGUAAGUUUUCCGUCUACUUUUUUUUGUCUGGCUUAUCGUUUAUGUAUUGAGGAUGAAUAA